CACCCUGUGCGCGCAGGCGCGCGCGGCGCGGCGCUCGGACCGCAGCUUGGCGCUGGGCGGCCGCACGCGGGCCUCGCAGGCCUACCAGGAUGGAGGGGCAUGCUGAAAUGGAGAUGCUGAGGACACUGAAGGGGCCCUCCACAGGGGAGGUCAGCGUGCACCUCGUGGCCAGAGACAGCCCAGGUUCCGGUUCUCACCUGCCGGCUACUGCCUUCAUCAUUCCAGCCAGCUCGACCACCCUUGGCCUGCCCAGCAGUGCCUUGGAUGUGUCCUGCUUUCCGCGGGAACCGAUCCGUAUGGGCUCCCCGGAGCAAGUGGCUGCCAGCGUACCUAUCACGGCCACCGUUCUGCCGCAGUUAAGCGCGGGGCCAGCGGCCAGCUCCAGCGCCAGCACCAGCACAGUGAGGCUCCUAGAGUGGACUGAGGCCGCGGCCCCGCCUUCUGGGAGUGGCGUGCGGUUCCGGAUAAGCGAGUACGCGCCGCCGAACAUGGUGGGAGCGGAGCAGCCCCCGAGCCCCGAACUGCGGCAGGAAGGCGUGGCCAAGUGCGAAGAUGGCGAGGCCCCGGCGGGAGGUGGCGAUGCGGGGCCCCAACAGCCGGCGGACCUCCCCCAGAACCCUCCAGAAGAUCCCCCUCAGGACCCACCAGAGGAUGAUGGCACCUGCCAGUGCCAGGCGUGUGGGCCUCAGCAAGGCGCCGGUCCAGAUCCUGGUUCUUCCAAUGAUGGCUGUCCCCAGCUGUUCCAGGAGCGGUCAGUCAUAGUGGAGAACUCAGGCCAGAACAACUCCUGCACCAACGCUUCUGAGCUCCUGAAACCAAUGAAGAAGAGGAAGCGCAAGGAAUAUCAGAGCCCAUGCGAGGAGGAGUCGGAACCAGAGGCCAUGGAGAAGCAAGAAGAAGAAAAGGAUCCAGAGGAACAACCCACCGCUAGCACCCCAGAAAGUGAGGAGUGGAACAGCAGCCAGCCUGCCCCCGGGGAGAAGAAGGAAGGCUGGUCAUGGGACUCCUACCUUGAGGAGCAGAAGGCCAUCACUGCCCCUGUCAGCCUCUUCAAGGACUAUCAGGCAGUCACUCAUAACAAGAAUGGCUUCAGACUGGGCAUGAAGUUGGAAGGCAUCGACCCUCAGCAUCCGUCCAUGUACUUCAUCCUCACUGUGGCUGAGGUGUGUGGCUAUCGCCUGCGUCUGCACUUUGAUGGGUAUUCUGAGUGCCACGACUUCUGGAUCAAUGCCAACUCUCCUGACAUUCAUCCCGCUGGCUGGUUCGAGAAGACGGGGCACAAGCUGCAGCCCCCCAAAGGUUACAAGGAGGAGGAGUUCAGCUGGAGCCAGUACCUGCGCAGCACAAGAGCUCAGGCUGCCCCCAAGCACCUGUUUGUGAGCCAGAGCCACAGUCCCCCACCCCUGGGCUUCCAGGUGGGCAUGAAGCUGGAGGCUGUGGACCGCAUGAACCCAUCCCUCAUCUGUGUGGCCAGUGUGACCGACGUGGUGGACGGCCGCUUCCUGGUGCACUUUGACAACUGGGACGACACUUAUGACUACUGGUGUGAUCCCAGCAGCCCCUACAUCCACCCGGUGGGCUGGUGCCAGAAGCAAGGAAAGCCCCUCACCCCUCCACAAGACUACCCAGACCCUGAUAGCUUCUGUUGGGAGAAAUAUCUGGAAGAAACCGGGGCCUCUGCUGUGCCCACCUGGGCCUUCAAGGUGAGACCCCCGCACGGCUUCCUGGUCAACAUGAAGCUGGAGGCCGUGGACCGCAGAAACCCAGCUUUAAUUCGAGUGGCCAGUGUGGAGGAUGUGGAGGACCAUCGGAUAAAGCUCCAUUUGGAUGGCUGGAAUCAUGCCUAUGACUUCUGGAUCGACGCUGACCACCCCGACAUCCACCCCGCGGGCUGGUGCUCCAAGACAGGGCAUCCCCUGCAGCCUCCUCUCCGACCGAGAGAACCCAGCUCUGCCUCCCCUGGGGGCUGUCCCCUUCUCAGCUAUCGGAGCCUGCCGCACACUAGGACCUCCAAGUACAGCUUUCACCACCGGAAGUGCCCCACUCCUGGUUGUGACGGCUCUGGCCACGUCACAGGCAAGUUCACAGCUCACCAUUGCCUCUCAGGCUGCCCCCUGGCCGAGAGGAACCAGAGCCGGCUGAAGGCAGAGCUGUUGGACACGGAGGCCUCGGCCCGUAAGAGGAACCUCUCCAGCUUCUCCCUAAGGAAGAAGCCGCGCCAUCACGGCCAGUGCGGAGGGCAGGGGUGCAGGGCCUCGUGUCCUCUUGGGCCGGGCCAGGCACAGACUCCCUGCGACGGAUCUGGUCCCUCUCUCUCCAGGAUCGGACGCCCUUCAAAGUAUCAGAAGGUCCCGAAGGAAGAUUUCCCAACACUGACCACCGACAUCAUGCACCAGUCCCUCUUCAUGUCGGCCCUGUCGGCCCACCCUGACCGAUCACUGUCAGUAUGCUGGGAGCAGCACUGCAAGCUGCUGCCGGGCGUGGCGGGCAUCUCAGCCUCAACAGUCGCCAAGUGGACCAUCGAUGAGGUCUUCGGCUUCGUUCAGACCCUGACAGGUUGUGAGGACCAAGCACGGCUCUUCAAAGAUGAGAAUACCAACCAUAGUGCUGUUCAGGAGCCCAUCUUCUCUACACCUGACGAAGAACUUACCUGAGUGAGCAGUUUGGUGCCAUGGUUGACUAAUGGUCUCUGGCUUCAGGUUGGCCUCACCAUCUAUGUCACAGAGCAAAUGGAAGUCAUAAGAAUGAACACCCCUCCUUCCUGCCACCUCACCUGACAGUCUCCCCUACCUACAUCCAUCCUUCCUUCUUCGCCACCUAUCACAGUGAAAGAAUUGAUCCUUCCACUUGUCGGAAGCUAAUCCUCUACUGGCCAUGGCUGCUAUAAAAGGAAAAGAGACAUUGAGAGACAAGUAAGGACUUUUGGAAAUUUAAAUUGUGAUGGCAGAGAUAAAAUCAUUCAACACAAGAAUUGAAAGAUAAAGUUGAUAUUGCCUGGAAAGUAGAAUAAAAGAAGAGAUUAAAAAGGGGAAGAAUAAAAAAAAAUUAUGGGACUAACUGGAAGUCCAAUAUACAGCUAAUAAGAAUCCCAACAAAAGAGAACAGAGAAAACAAAUUAUAUAAAAUGAAAACAAACUUUAAAAAAAGAGGAAAUUUCAGGCUUGAGGGACAAAUCAAAAGUUCCCUCUGAAUGCCCAGCACAAUGGAUGUAAAAGGAACGACACCAACCUACAUUAUUGUGAGAUGUCAGAAAAAUAAGAACAAAGAAAAGAUCUGAAAGCUUCCAGAGAGGAUAAAACAGGUCACAUCCAAAGGAACAUGAAUCACAGUAGCACUGACCUUCUCAAUAGCUAUGCUGGAAGCAAGAGAAAGGAGGAGUGUCUCUACAAUUCCAAAGGAAAGUUAUCUCUACCCUAGAAUUCGUACCCAGCCACACUGUCAAUCAAAUAUGAAGGCAGAACAUUUUUGAACAUACAAGGUUUCAAACUUUUACCUUCUGUGCUCCUUUCCUCAGGAAGCCACUGGAGGAUGUGUUCCAUCAACAUGAGAGAGUAAAUCAAAAAAGCAAGAUCCCAGGAAUGCGAGGCUAUGUCUUUUCAACAUAAGAAAAUCAAUCUGUAUCAUAUGCCACAUUACUAGAAUGAAGGGGGAAAACAUGAUCAUUUCGAUUGACGUAGAAAAGGCAGUUGACAAAACCCCAACAUCUUUUCACCAUAAAGACAUUCAGAAAACUAGGAAUAGAAAGGAACUUCCUCCACAUGACAAAGGGCAUCUACCAAAAAAAUCCUCAGCUAAUGUACUCAACAGUAAAUGACUGAAAGCUUUCCCCCUAAGAUCAGAAACAAGACAAGGAAGCCCACUCUCACAACUGCUAUUCAGUAUUGUACCAGUAGCUCUAGCCAGGGCAAUUUCAUAAGAAAAAUAGAGUCCAAACUGGAAAGGAAGAAGUAAAACUACCUCUAUUCAUAGAUGACAGAUAACAACACAUACAAAGAAUCUGCAAGAAAGCAGCUAGGGCUAAUAAACAAAGUAGCAGGGCAUAAAAUCAACAGGCAAAAAUUAUUUGUAUUUCUACAUACCUAUGACAAACAAUCCAAAAAGGAGAUUAAGAAAGCAGUUCCAUUUACACUGGCAUCUAAAAGAAUAAAAUGCCCAGGAAUGAAUUUAAAUAAGGAGGUGAAAGAUUUACAUACUGAAAAGUACAAAACAUUGCUGAAAGAAAUGAAAGAAGACCUAAAUAAAUGGAAAGGCAAUAUUCAUGGGUAGGAAGACAAUAUUGUUAAGAUGUCAACACUGCCCAAAGUGAUCUAUAGAUUCAGUGCAAAUCCUAUCAAAAUUCCAAUGGCCUUUUUUGCAGGAAUGUAAAAGCUGGUUCUCAUAUUCGUAUGGAAUUGUAAAGAAGGCCCCAAAGCCAAACAGUCUUGAAAAAGAACAAAGUUGGAGGACUCAGACUUCCGGAUUUCAAAACUUAGUGCAAAAAUAAUGUAAUCAAAAUGUAUGGUACUGGCGUAAGAACAGACAGAAAGACCACUUGGCUAUAACUGAGAGUCCACAAACAAAACCAAACAUCUAUGGCCAGUUGAUUUUUCAUAAGUGCCAAGUCCAUUCAGUGGGGAAAGAAUAGUCUCUUCAACAAAUGGCACUGAGACAACUGGAUUUCCACGUGUUAAAAAAAGUCAAGUUGGAUGCCUACCUUACCCUAUAUAAAAAAUGAACUCAAAAUGGAUCAAUGACCCAAAUAUAAGAGCCAAAACCAUAAAUUCCUUAGAAGAAAGCAUAGAGGUAAAUCUUUAUGACUUGCAAUUGACAACAGAUUCUAGAUGUGACACCAAAAGCACAAGCAACAGAAGGAAAAAGUAGGCAAGUAGAACUUCAUCAAAACUAAACGCUUUUGUACAUUGAAGGACAUUCUCAAGAAAGUGAAAAGACAACUGACAGAAUGGGAGAAAAUAUGUGCAGAGUGUAUAUAUCUGACAAGGCUUUAACACCCAGAAUAUAUAUAGUGAACUCCUAAAACUAAACAACAGAAAGACAAGCAACCCAAAUAAAAAAUGAGCAGAGGUGGGGGAGGGUAUAGCUCAGUGGUAGAGUACGUGCCUAGCAUGCACGAGGUGCUAGGUUCAAUCCCCAGUACCUUCAUUAAAAAUAAAUAAACUUAGUUACUCUCCCCCCAAAAAUGGGCACAGGAUUUGACUAGACAUUUCUCCAAAGAAGAUAUACAAAUGGCUAAAAACACACAAAAAGAUAUUCAACAUCAUUAGUCAUUAGAAAAAUGCAAAUCAAAACCACAAUGAGAUUAAAAAACCCAACACCACAAUGAGAUACCGUAUUACACCCACUAGGAUGGCUAUGAUAAAAAAAAAAGGAAAAUAAUCAUUGUUGGCAACGAUGUGGGGGAACUGCUGGUUGGAACAUAAAAUGGUUCAGCCACCGUGAAACGUUUGGCUAUUUGAGGAAAACUUUAAUUCCUCAAAAAGCUAAACAUAGAAUUACCAUAUUAUCCAACAAUUUCACUCCUAAGUAUAUACCUAAAAGUUUUGAAAACAGAUGUUUAUAUACCAGUGUUCACUGAAGCAUUAUUCACAGUAGCCGAAAGGUAGAAACAACCAAAGUGUCUGUCCAUCAAUAGAUGAAUGGGUAGACAAAAUUUGGACUGUCCUUACGACGGAAUAUUAUUCAACCAGAAAACAGAAUAAACAAAAUGGAUGAACCUUGAACGCAUUAUGCUAAGUGGGAUAAGCCAGGCACAAAAGGAAAAUAUUACAUGAUUCCACUUAUAGGAAAUAUCCAGAACAGGCAAAUUCAUAGAGACAGAAAAUAGAGUAGAGGUUACCAGGGGCUGGGGUGAAGGAGGAAUUGGGAGUUAUUGCUUAAUGGCUAAAGAAUUCCUCUUUGGGGUGAUGAAAAAGUUUUGGAAAUAGAUGAUGAUGAUGGUUGCACAACAUUAUGAAUGUACUUAAUGACACUGAAUAAUGGUUAAAUAACCUUAAUAAAUGGUUAAA